AUGUGGUUCAAAGCAUCUAUAAUAUGUGCUGUGUUUGUUGGUACUGUGAUGAGCAGAAUGCUUAUAGUUCACCAGAAUGAAACAGAACAAUGUGAAAAGAGGGAAAAUCCCUACUUUAUUUCACAUAAAACCGAUUGUAGUAAAUUUUAUGCAUGUGUGAAAGGAAAAUUAUUUGUUUUACCAUGCCCAGUUGGCUAUAGAUUUGAUUCUGUAUCGGGUCAUUGUUCUAAUAACAAAAGUGCCGUUGUUUGGCAAAUGGCUAAAUGUAAUCAUGAUAAGAUUGGACAGUUGAACAAGACUACAAUUUCUCAAACAACUCAAACGCUCACCACUCACCUACUACCGGCAACAACAACGACAAGCCCAAAAGUUCUUGAAUUACAAAGUCAUGAAUCCAAUUGUGGCUGGUAUUACAUUGUGAGACCAUCUGGUGAUCGGGUUCUAAAUAGUUGUCCAAUGCCAUUACUAUUUGAUGAAUAUUUGUUAGAAUGUAAACCUUACAAACAAGUCAAAUGUAAAAAACGAUUUGAACCAAAAGAUGCAUGUGAUUAUCGAAUUCGUUCUGGAGCUCAUGCGUAUCCAUGUAACUAUUUGCCAAGUUGUAGAAAUAAAACGGAUGGUUUCUAUCCCGAUCGUUUGAGAGAUUGUCGAGUGUAUUUUCGAUGUUUUGAAGAACGUUCAUCAGAGUCAUGGUCGUGCUCGCAGAAGCAGCCACCAUUUGGUGAACGUUUUAGUAUUGAACAUCAAAAAUGUAUGCCAGCAAACGAUGUUGAUUGUCAAGAAAGUCCAAUACCAUUUUUUUGA